AUGAGUUUUGGAUGCUGUUUCUUUCCAAAAAGAGGCUUCUCCAGAUAUACUCUUGGGACUUUGUCGGGAAGGAGAAUCAAAGCUCCCAGGGGUGGGGAGAUCUGGCCUGCCUUGCAGGAUUGGCCCAGCGCAGAGGUGCUGAGGGACUUUCUCUGCCGGUGCUGCCAGCCUCGCUCCUGCCUGGCUUCGUCCCCAUCCAGGUUGCCAGGAGGGUCUUAUAAUACUGUAGGUGUUCUGAAGCCCACCACCUGGGCAAUGCUCACACAAGAACCCUGCAAGGUGGGCCAGGAUGACAGCCAGUUUAGUGUUUGGAACAGGGGGUGGAGACCAUUAUCCAGCCUGAGGGCCAUAUUCGCUCCUGAGCAGCCUUUCAGGGGCCACUUUCCUUUGAUAGGCGGGCCAGAGAACAGAGUUGAUGGGGCUAUGGGGCUGACUCUGAGCUUUGUCCAGGAGCUGCCUGCCUUCCUGGGAUUUUUCCCAGCCACACAAAAAAAACCUCAGGAGGCAGCUCGGAAGUGUUGGAAAGAAGGUGUGGUGCUGGGGAAAUUCCUGAGGGCCAGAGACAGAGACAGAAAGGAUUUGAGGGCCAAUUUAGCCCCUGGGUCUGAGGUUUCUCACCCUGCAGUUCGGGUGCUGGGCUUCCACCAGGGAGACCCUGUCUCCCAUCCCCAUGCUCAGGAGGGAUGCCCUGUGCCCAGUUUGGACCCCUUGAUUAUUUCUCCUCCUGUCCUUCCUCACAGUGUAGGGAAGAUAAAAGGGGACACACACACACACAGGUUCCUAAGAGGAAGGACUAGGGGGCCAUAA